CGCCCUCCUCGCCAUUUCUGUAAUGGCUGCUUCGUGGAAGGCGGUGUCACGCAGAAGCUCUUAGUCUCAGCAUCCGGAGCUCCAAGAAAGGAGUAUUUCAAAUUUGUCUGCAUUUCCUGGAUGGGAGAGACCUUAAGAAAGUGUAAUUUUUACUCACUAGGAUACUUUAAGUUUCCAAAGACCUUCAGCCCUCAAGAUCCAGCCACUUGAAGACCCCAGCAUCAUGACCUCAGUUUCAACUCAAGUGUUCUUAGUUCUCAUUUCACUGCUUUUGGUGCUGCCUGUUGUUGAAGCAGUAGAAACGGGAGAUGCAGUUGCUCUCUUGUUAGGUGUGGUACUCAGCGUUACAGGCAUUUGUGCUUGUUUGGGGAUAUAUGCACGAAAGAGAAAUGGACAGAUGUGACUUUGAAGAGCCUCCUGAAUCAAACCUUGCCCUGAAAAUCUUUGUGCUAUUGAGGCUAAAAACAGAGCUUUGGUGUCUGGAAGUUCCCAAGAAACAGUAAAUAGGGUAAAUUCACAUUCUUAAUUAACUGUUUUCACUAUAAAUGGGAACAAAUUGAUAUAUGUUAAAUGGAAAGAAAAGUUUCCCAACAAAUGAUGUACUGACAAAUGCAGUCUAUAAUUUGUAUUUGCUGCUUAGAAAGAGGAUCAAAGUAAGAGGGCUGAAGUUUUCAUAUGUAACAUUUCAUAGUUUCAGAAUUCUCAAAGCACAUAAAAUAGGAAGAAGGAAGCUCUGGCCCAGAAUCCUAGGAAAUCACCACUGUUCAGUUGUAAUCACUGCCCCCUGCAUCUUUUUGGAGUCUUUUCUCCAUAUUUUUAUUAUAUUUUUGUUUUUGUUAUCUCCCAAGUUAAUAUUGUACUUAGAUAUGAUAUACAGUCAGUCCGAAAUUAAAAUUUUAUUUCUUUGGUGGGAAGAAGGUUAAAAAAUGUAUUCAGUGUAUCUAACAGUGAAAUGGAGAAAAGAUUUAAUGUAAAAAAAUUACUUUAUAUUGACAUUGAAAUGGAGUAGCGAUUUAAUGUUAAAAAAAACUUUAUAUUAACUAACAUCUCCAUAGUGAGAAAUACUAUAUUAAAUAUAAACCCAUUAUGUUGUAA